CACUCCAUAACUUCAGAUUGCCCUUCUCAUCGGCCCCUCCAAUUCUACACUCCUCGUUGGGCAGCCAUUGCCACAUCCAUUUCCACUGCCCCAGCCUCCUCAGCCGUGGUGGGUGGCGCGCGAAUAGCAGUUUCUUGGGGGUCUCCAUUGAAGAGAAUGGGGCAGGGGCUCAGUUGCGGAGAAUCCCAAGAACAUGAACUGUUCAUUGCAGUCCAAAAGGGAGAGAUGGAAACACUUGAAGCAAUGGCGGAUGAGGAUCCGAGUUUGUUGGCAUUGAAAUCUGUUAAUAAGAGGCUCUCUGCGCUUCAUGUGGCAGCCGCCAAUGGGCGGUUUCAAGUUCUCUCUAUGCUUCUGGAUCGCAUUGGAAAUCCAGAUAUUCUAGAUCGCCACAAACAGACUCCACUGAUGUUAGCUGCUAUGCAUGGCAAGAUUUCCUGCGCUGAAAGGCUGAUUCAAGCAGGAGCAAAUAUUUUAACAUUCGAUACAUUACACGGAAGAACCUGUUUGCAUUAUGCAGCUUACAAUGGUUAUUCAGAUUGCCUGCAAUUGAUUCUUUCUGCUGCCCGUUCAGCCCCGGUUGCUCAUUCUUGGGGAUUUACCAGAUUUGUUAACAUAAGAGAUGGAAGUGGCUCUACCCCAUUGCAUUUGGCCGCCCGUCAAGGGCAAGCAGAUUGUGUUCGUAUUCUAUUAAGCAGUGGGGCUCUUGUGUCUGCUACUGCUUGUGGUGUUGGAUAUAGCCACCCAGGGAGUACACCUCUUCAUUUGGCUGCUCGAAAUGGUUCUUUGGACUGUGUCCGGGAAUUGCUUGCUUGGGGUGCUGAUCGUCUCCUGAGAGAUUCCUCUGGGAGAAUACCUUACAUGGUGGCAACUAAGUACAAGAAUGAAGCCUGUGCAGCUUUGUUAAAUCCAUCAGCCCCAGAGCCUUUAACCUGGCCAUCACGCUUGAAGUUCAUCAACGAGCUGAAUUCUGAAGCCAAAGCUUUAUUAGAGAAAGCCCUAAUUAUGGCCAACAAGGAGAGAGAAAAGGCAAUCUUGAAGGAGACAUCCAACACUCUUUUGCCACCCUCAAAUUUCAGUUGCAUGGACGAUGACAUUGAGAUGAAAUGGGAAAUUUUCCAUGUUAAACAGGCUUGCGAUGUCGAGCUAUGCUGCAUCUGCUUUGAACGGGUCUCAACAAUUGAGGUUCAAAAAUGUGGGCACGAGAUGUGUGCUCAUUGCAUUCUGGCUUUGUGCUGCUACAACAAACCCAAUCUUGGAAUAAAUUGUUCGAAGGUUCCAGUCUGCCCCUUUUGUCGAAUUCCCAUUACCCAGCUAGCUGUUGCCAAGAGCAAAACCAACAGUGAGGUGGAGUUGGAAUCUAUCCCGAUGAAACCAAAAAGCACAAGAAAGUCACUAAAUCUUGACGAGGGCAGCAGCUUCAAGAGUUUGUCACCAUUGACUUCACUUGGGAGAUUGGGCCGUGGUUUGGGGAGGGUUGCUGCUGAAUGCAAUGAGGGGUUUGAUAAGCAGGAAGUGUUGGUGUAGAUUGAUUAAUGCUUUGCCACAUUGUUGCAAGAUAUCUUCGAACUCAUCUUGCUGAAUCGAAGAGCAGCGAAGAAGUUUAUCAUUAAAAGCUGAAAUGAUCUGAAGUGUAAUCACCUAGUUGGAUUUUGUUAUUGUAAUCUAUCCAACUCUUCUUUGAGAAAGAUGAUAAAUAAAUAUUUAUUAUA